AUGUGUUCUACUUUAUAUUUUGUUCUACUAUUCUUUAUAAGUUUGACUGUUUCUGAAGAUCCUUGCGAGUCACGUGACACAUGUAGCAAAUGCAUUACAUAUCCUAACUGUGUGUGGUGUGCAAAGGUGGACUAUCAAGGAAGUCGAUGCAAAUCAUCGAAUUCAGAUAUACAAAAACAAUGUUCAGAACAUUUGCAAGACCUUCACAGUGAAGUGACCAUUACACGAAAUGAUAAUUUCACUUCUAAAUGGGAAAGCGUUGUUCAGAUCGCUCCUCAGAACAUUAAAGUAAAAUUAAGAGUUGGUGAACCCACAAAUUUCAGUUUCAAAUAUAAACAGGCUGAAAACUAUCCUGUUGAUUUAUACUUUCUCCUGGAUGUGUCUAAAUCGAUGGCCAAAAUAAGAGAUUUGUUGAUGAAACAAUCACAAGAUCUCUAUAAUGUUAUGCAAAGUUUCACAAAUAUAAUUCGUUUAGGAAUCGGAACGUUUGUAGACAAGAAUACAUUUCCUUUCGUAAACAACCCUCAGAAGAAAGAAUGUUAUUCUUUCAGAAAUAAAUUAUCACUGACUGAUAAUGUGAAAUUAUUUAAUGAAACACUAAAACGUACGAAAUUUAUUGAAAACGUUGAUAUGCCAGAAGGGGGACUCGAUGCCCUAGGACAAGUUUUAGCAUGUAGCAAUGGUACUAAUAAUAUAAUUGGUUGGAGUCCGCAUUCUAGAAAAAUCGUAUUGUUUAUUACUGAUGACCAGUAUCAUGCAGCUGGUGAUGGCCUUAUAGCAGGUAUACAUCAACCGUAUGAUGGUAAAUGCUAUACUGGAUUUGACGGAAUAUACAAAAAAGAAUUGGAAAUGGAUUACCCUUCUGUUCUUAUGAUAAAGAAACUGGCUAAGAAAAUAGGAGCUAUAAUCAUUUUUGUCGCAAAGGAUAGUAUAGCGAGUAUAUAUAAUAAUCUGGCUGAUGCUGUGAAUGGAAAAGCUGAGGAAUAUAGUGUCCAUGAAACAGAAAAUAAACAGAAUACAAAAUUCGACAAAAUGUUAAAAACAAUUUAUGAAGAAAAGACGAAGACUAUUAACUUGUUGACUGCUAACGUAGAAAAAAAUGGAGAUUUAGAUUAUGACAUUGCAUUUACUCCAGAUUGUAGGAAAAAAGAUAUUUAUUCCGAAUCAGAUGCAGCCUGCACUGUCAAAUUUUAUGAAGAGAAAUUAAUAAAUGCAACUAUUACACUUAAUAAACACAUAGAUACCGCAAAAAAUUUUAGUGUAGAAAUACUCAUAGACGGACUUAAUGAAAAAUUAAUAGUAGAUGUUGAUGUGAUAACGAAUUGCGAUUGUGAAGCGACUAUAAAAAUUAAAGCAGAUCAAUGUAAUAGGAAUGGUGCUCUAGAGUGCGGUCUUUGUAAAUGUGAUAAUAACUGGUUCGGUCCACAAUGUAAUUGCACUCAAGAUUAUGAUAAAACAGAUGAGUCUACGUCAUGUAAACGAAAAGGCGAGGACAUUGUGUGUAGUGGCAACGGGGACUGUAUUUGUGGAGCUUGUGAGUGUCACAGUCAUGGGUCUUACCAAAAAUAUUCUGGUAAAUACUGUCAAUGUAACGCAGACAGUUGCCCGAGAAGAAAUAACACGAUAUGUUCAAAUCACGGCAGUUGCAACUGUGGUAUUUGUACAUGUGACAAAUUAUGGACUGGAAAAGCGUGUGAAAUAUCACUACUUAAAACUAACUGUGUCAAGGAUAAUAAGGAAUGUAGUGGUCGUGGCAAAUGUUUUAAUAAUGCUUGCGUUUGUGAUGUCUUACCAGAGUGGGAUGAAAGAAAGAACACUAUAAAUAGUAUCUGCGCCAUCAUUCCUGAUACUAACAUACAUAAACGUCAAUGCAAGACUUUAGAAGAAUGGGUAAUAUGUUCUUACAAUGGAGAAGAUUCGUGUACGACUAUUGAAGGUGUUAAAAUAAACAAAAUUCCAGAAAUAACUAAUUCUGAUAAGAUCUCUUGGAAUAUUUGCGACGAUAUAAGGAUUGCGGUCGGAUGCUACAUUCACUUUGGUUAUAAAUAUCAUGAUGAAAAUAAAACAAUAGAACUACUUAUUGAAGAAAAAGAAAACUGUCAAGAAACCUAUUACAUGUUUGGAGGUUUAGUCUUCGCAACACUAAUAUUUGGAGGAAUAGGUACUCUGGUCGGCUGGAAGGUAUUAACAACGAUACGAGAUCGACGAGAGUACGAGCAGUUUAUGACCUCAAGCAACCAACGUCAAUCCAGCAUCAGGAACAAUGUUCUUUAUAAAUCACCCAAAGUUACCAUCAAUAAUCCCGCCUACGUAGAGCACAAAGAUGACUUUGAUGAAACAACGUGAUCAAUGACGCAUAUUGAUACAUCUUCCAAAAGCAACCUCAAUUUUUUUAUUGUAAUUGUAAUUGUUUUGUAA